UUGAACAUAUCACGACUCAAGCCAGUAAACAACAAUUUUGAGAAUUUUUUUGUGCAGAAUCGAGAUGGCUUAUGAAGCUCUUGAUAACCUGCAACAAACCUUAGAUCAGAUCCUAGAAUACCGUGACAAUCUCCUCACUCCUAUAAAACAAGAAAUUAUUUCCAUCCGCAUCCAAGCAGUUGUCUUGCAAUUGAAUGUCAAACAUUAUCCAAACAAAGAAACAAUCAGAGAGGCAGCAAAUUCAACACAUGAGAUUAUUGAAUAUCUCUUUUCUGAAGAAAACGUUCCAGAUGGUGAAUUGAUAGAUCCGACAGUCAGACUUGCAAACCGGCUGAGGGAAGUAGCACAGAGACUGGAGUCAACCGUUGGAGAUGUGGUGGAUUACAUCAAGAGUAAGGCCUCAGUCAGCAGCGUAACUGAUUCUGCAGAUGUUGGUUCAUCAUCAAGAUCAGCAAUCACAAGCAGCGAAUAUGACUAUGUUGUUGGUGUUGAUAAAGAUGUGAAAGUGAUCAUGGAUCGGCUUUUGGUGGAAUCAUCCAGAUCAGCAAUCACAAGCAGCAAAGAUGACGACGUGGUUGGUUUUGAAGAAGAUGUGAAAGUGAUCAAGAAUCGGCUUUGCAAGGGAUCAUUCAGACUACAGGUUAUCCCAAUUGUUGGAACAGGAGGCAUUGGUAAGACCACACUUGCUAAAAUUCUUUAUAAUGAUUCAUUGAUUAGAAAAAAAUUUAGUAUUUGUGGUUGGGUCACAAUAUCACAAGAUCAUAGUGUAGAACGCAUUGUUCUAAAUCUUCUAGCUUCCAUGAAAGAAAUUUCAGCAAUAAGAGAUGCUAAAAGCGACAUCCCUAUGGAAACCUUAAUUUGCGAGUAUCUAAAAGGUCGGAGGUAUCUUAUUGUAAUGGAUGACAUGUGGAGUAAGAAAGCCUGGGAUAAUGUAAAGAUGUUGUUUCCUGAUGUCAGUAAUGGCAGUCGGAUCAUAGUCACCACAAGGUUGCAAGUUGUGGCUGCUUAUGUCGACUCUUCUUGCUCCAUCCAUACUAUGAGUUUGUUGGAUACAUAUCAUAGCUGGAAUUUGUUAAAGCGGAAGGUGUUCGGACAUAAAGACAUUCCUAUUGAACUAGAAGAUAUCGGGAAGAAAAUUGUUAAAAAUUGUGGAGGGUUGCCCCUCUCAAUCGUGGUGGUGGCAGGACUUCUAUCCAAGAUUCAUACUCGAUACUCGUGGAAGCAAAUUGCUCAAAAUGGCGGGCAGCUUGAAACAAUAAUUGGUUCGAGUUAUACCCAUUUACCCAAUUACUCGAAGCCGUGUCUUUUAUAUAUGGCUGGCUUUCCAGAAGAUUAUGAGAUUCGUGUCUCAGAACUUAUUCACCUUUGGAUAUGUGAAGGUUUUGUAACACUUUCAAUUUCAAAUGGAUCUAAAAGCUUGGAGGAGGAGGCAGAAGAUUGUUUCAAUGAUCUUGUCCAGAGAAGUUUACUUUUGGUGAUUAGCAGGAAGUUUGAUGGGAAAAUAAAGAGUUGCAGCCUUCAUGAUAUUGUGAGGGAAUUUUGCGUAAGGGAGGCUGCAAAAGAGAAGGUAAUUCUUUCUGUUAUGGAUUACUUACCUACGCCUAUCCUGCGAAAGUAUUUUGUUCCACGUCUCAUAAAAGAACAUCACAGCAUAAGUGCUAGUUCGUAUGAUCUACAUCUCAAAGACUAUGUGCAUAGCUCACACAUCCGUACCAUAAUAUGUAUUCCAAAGAAAGGGUAUAGAAAUGUGGGCUUUGUAGAGAAGUUUAGUUCAGUGAGGGUCCUUCAUGUUUUACGUAGAAGCAAUUAUUGGGAUUGGGAGCCAGGUCAAGUGUUCAAUCUAGUUCAUUUAACUUACCUUGCUUCCAACAUUCCCAAUAGUAUUAUUCCUUCAGCCAUAUCAAAGCUUCAGAAUCUUCAGACUCUAAUCAUUUAUAGAUCUGAGGUUGGUUUGCCAAUAGAGAUUUGGAGGUUGCGGCAAUUAAAACAUCUUAUUGCUCUCUCAUUUCAACCCUUACCAAACCCUGAAGGGGAAAAAAAUCCCCUUGAGAACCUGCAGGUCCUUUCGUUGGCAACGAACUUAGUGUGCAGUAAAAGAAUGGUUGAAAUGAUUCCAAACAUUAAAAAGCUGGGCAUAUGUUACUCCAAGGAGAAGUUUGAUGUGGAUGUGGGCUAUUGCCUCGACAAUCUUAAACAACUAUGCAGACUUGAGAAGUUGAAAUUGGAGAAGCAUCUAGAUUUUUCAUCCAGACAACUACUUGAUGAACAGGCAUUGGGGAUGCGUGGAGGUUUUUCAUUCAAAUUAGUUGAUAAGAUACUUGGAGGUAUAAACUUUCCUGCCACAGUUGAGAAGGUUAACCUUGAGUGGUUGGAGGCUUUCUUGGAGUGAUAUGACGACCAUUGGUUCAUUACCUAGUCUUCAAGUGCUUAAACUAAGAAACUUUGCUUGCUACGGCACUCACUGGGAAACAACUGAGGGAGAAUUUCGUGAACUGAGACUUCUGCUAAUUGAGCAAUCAAAUUUGAAGUAUUGGGGUACUGAAGCUAGCCACUUCCCGAAACUCGAGUGCAUAAUGCUUCAUCAGUGUCAUGGUCUAUAUGAGAUUCCAAGUGAAAUUGGAGACAUUCCAACACUUAAAUUGAUUGAGGUUGACGCUAAGUGGCUGAAGAUCUUUGGAGAUCUGCAAUAAGGAUAGGAGAGAAACAACGACAUUCUGGAAAUUAUAGUUUUCAAGUUCGUGAGAAGCGCUCCUUACAAGCUGCUCUUCUGACAAUAUAGAUACGAUGUCUGCUCAUUUUCGGGUUAGAGAUUUGUAAAAUUCGAAUAAUUUGGUGCCUUUAUUUGGAAACUGCUCUUUAUAGAUACAAGGAUGGAGUCAUGAAGUCAUUAUUUUCAGAUUUAGUUUUUUCCAAAAAAAUGGGUGAAAAUGCACACACUUGGUCUAAGCAUCUUCCUCACUUUUUGAAAAUUUAAUUUCCUAGUUGGUAUUUCAGCGGUUUUGUUAGAUGACUCAUAUAUUUUCUUUUCAACUGCAAAGUUUUGAAUUGCCGUUGUUUAUGAUCAAAUACUCGACUGUUCAAAUUAAGAAGGCAAAGAGUUGAUGAAGAGAGCAGCAGGAGAUUCGCCCCGAACAGCCCAACACUUUGAUGAAGCUGCGCACGCGGUGGCGCUGGCAAUAAUGUAUAGCCCGAGAAGAGAGAUAGAGAAUGAGAGAGAAAGGGCUGGACCUUUUGUUUUAUACUACGUAGGAGUAGUUUUUAUUGGGCUUUAGCCCACUAAACUUAGUCCUUAUCGUUUGUGAUUCCUGAAAACUACUCCUUCCGUCUUACGAAUCUUGAUGCAUAUUUUUUUUUGAACCGUUCCACAAAUCUUGAUGCAUUUAUAAAUACACAAAAACUCAUGUGAAACCGAUUU